CAGGCGACCCGGAAGGUUUGCGCGCCCGCUCCGCAGCGCAGCGAGCCCGGAGCCCGGAGCCCCAAGCCCGGGCCCUGCUCGGGCCGCCGGGCGCGGGGCGGCGGCCACGUCGCGUCCCCGGAGUCGCCGCUCCUUGCAGCCAGGUCCAGGUGCUGUUGGGAACACAGAGGAAGUGACUGACUGGGGGUUCAGGGAAAGCUCCGUAGAAGAGGGAACACUUGAGCUGGGUCUUGAAGGAUGAGUAGAAGUUCACCAAGUGGGAAAGGACACUCUAGGAUGGCCGAGCCUCGAUUUAACAAUCCCUACUUCUGGCCCCCUCCUCCCACCAUGCCCAGCCAGCUGGAUAACCUGGUCCUAAUUAACAAGAUCAAGGAGCAGCUGAUGGCCGAGAAGAUCCGGCCGCCUCACCUGCCACCCACGUCGGCCUCCUCUCAGCAGCCGCUGCUGGUGCCACCGGCGCCAGCUGAAAGCAGCCAGGCUGUCAUGUCGCUGCCCAAACUGCAGCAGGUGCCAGGGCUGCAUCCGCAGGCCGUGCCGCAGCCCGACGUGGCGCUGCAUGCGCGACCAGCCACCAGCACUGUCACAGGUCUGGGGCUUUCUUCCCGGACCCCUGCAGUGAGCACGUCUGAGUCAAGCACGGGCACCAGCACCCCGUCCACACCCACCACCACCAGCCAGAGCCGCCUCAUCGCCUCGUCCCCCACCCUCAUCUCAGGGAUCACCAGCCCCCCACUCCUGGACUCCAUCAAGACAAUCCAGGGCCAUGGCCUGCUUGGCCCCCCCAAGUCCGAGCGUGGCCGCAAAAAGAUCAAGGCGGAGAACCCAGGGGGUCCGCCUGUUCUCGUAGUCCCCUACCCCAUCCUGGCCUCGGGCGAAACUGCCAAGGAGGGCAAGACAUACAGGUGUAAGGUCUGCCCGCUGACCUUUUUCACCAAGUCUGAGAUGCAGAUCCACUCCAAGUCACACACAGAGGCCAAGCCCCACAAGUGCCCGCACUGCUCCAAGUCCUUUGCCAAUGCCUCCUACCUAGCCCAGCACCUGCGCAUCCACCUGGGCGUCAAGCCCUACCACUGCUCCUACUGUGAUAAGUCCUUCCGACAGCUCUCCCACCUCCAGCAGCACACCAGAAUCCACACAGGCGACAGACCCUACAAGUGCCCACAUCCCGGCUGCGAAAAGGCUUUUACUCAGCUCUCCAACCUCCAGUCUCACCAGCGCCAGCACAACAAGGACAAACCCUACAAGUGUCCCAACUGCUACCGGGCCUAUUCGGACUCCGCCUCCCUGCAAAUCCACCUGUCAGCCCACGCCAUCAAGCACGCCAAGGCCUACUGCUGCAGCAUGUGUGGGCGGGCCUACACCUCGGAGACCUACCUGAUGAAGCACAUGUCCAAACACACAGUGGUGGAGCACCUGGUAAGCCAUCACUCGCCCCAGAGGACGGAAUCCCCCGGUAUCCCGGUGCGAAUUUCUCUCAUCUGAGCCCACCCCUGGCAGCGCCCCACCCUGCCCACUGGCAGACACAGACGCAGGCAGCACCAGGCCCCACCUCCCUCCAGGGGCCAUCCAGGAACAGCCGAGCUCUCUCUCUCAUGACCUUCCGGACCUUCCAGAAAGCCUCAGCUGCAGGAGCCGGGCCAGUCCAGCUGUGGUUCCGGGGCGGCUAGGUCACCUGCAAGAUUCUGGACUGUUUUGGUGGCAUCCAAAGACGAUCUCCGAGCACUUUGAACCUCUCUGUUGGGUUUUCUUUUUGUUCCCCACCUUUCACUUUCUUCACUGUUUUUUUUUUUUUUUAAGUUUGUUUUGGAAAUAACAAAAAAAAAGAUAUUUAUUGGCCAAGAAGUUGGUGCUGCUAAGACCGAGAAAUGAAAAGAAUUGGACAGAUGGACACAGAGAACCAGAGGGCAGCGGGGACCUUCUCUUGCCACAGCCUCAGGUCUCCAGGGAAGGCCCAGGCCUGGACUGCAGAUGCAUGGAAGCUACCAUGGGAGGGGGCUGGACGUAGCUGGUGGGAACUGCUCGCUCACCCAGGGCACCCUGUUGGAAUGUCUGGAGUCAUUCCCUGUGUAUCACAAAGCAGAGGGAUGUGGCAGCGACCAGGGCUGUCCAGGCUUCAGGCGGCAAAAGGAGAGAGGGCCAGGAGGUGGGCAGGACCAAAGGGUUCAGCGUGGGCUGGGCUGGAUGUAGGCCCAGUUAAGCGGGUGUCAGUGGGUUGGGUUAGACCUGGUCCCUGUAGCUCUGACCAUUGUCCCCUGUCUACCUCGGUGCUGGCCAGGAAUCCUAUUGGCUACCUCUCCCACCACACCAGGCUGUGGGCAGGGAGAGGGGGAGGGAGCAGACCUGGGGUGAAGACCACCUUAUUAUCCCUUCCAGUUGGGGCAAUGCCCAGAGAGGAGUUAUCUGUCUUCCCUGCCAUGGGGUGGAGUGGCUAGCCCAGCCCUAAGCCCCCCAACAGGAAAGGGACUCUUGGGAGCAGGGUUCCAGGAGCAGACCCUGUCCUCAGCCCCUACAGACACAUACACACACACACACACAUAGACAUACACACACACACACCCAAUCUGAAAGCCAUGCGUGUCCAUGUAUAUAGGAACCAUGUACAGAGCCCGGCGAAGCCCCCGUAAGCCCUCGGGAAAGAAGAAAGAAAACUAGACAGAAGCUCAUCUAUAUAUUCUGUAUCUGGAGUUCCGUUUUGAAUAUUAACUGUGUUAUUUUUAUACACUUUUUAAGCCUUAACUCGCCAUUGAUUUACCAGUUUAACGUUUCCUGGGGUUUCUUUUCCCGUGGGGUUCUCUACCCCCACCCCUUUGUUUGACUUGCGUCGUCUGAUACUCAGUAUUGUAGCUUUUUGUCCGCAUGUUACUACCCUGUAAAUAUGCUGUUAUACAUACUGUUAACACCCCUUUGCUUUUUUCUAUGGGACCUCCAAGCCACCAUAUUUAGAACUAGUUACCUUAUUAAAAAAGAGAAAACAG